GCAUCUGGAGCUCCAGAAAGGAAAUAUUUCAGAUAGAACUUUAUUUCAUUUCUUUGGAGCCCUCAGAUCUCAAGAUCCCAACAUCAUGACCUCCAUUUCUGCACAGAUGCUGGUAGUCCUCAAUUCACUGUUUUUGUUUCUGCCUAUUGUAGAAGCAGUAGAAGCUGGAGAUGCAACUGCUGUCUUGUUAGAUGUAGUUCUCAGCAUUACAGGCAUUUGUGCUUGCUUAGAAGUUUAUUCAAGAAAGAGAAAUGGACAGAUGUGA